AUGGAGGGGCGAGAGACCUUUGAAGACAAGCCUCGUUCUGGUCGACCAUCAACUUCUGUAACCGAGAAAAAAGUCGAAAAAGUGAAGAAAAUCGUGCUAUCAAACCGUCGUGUUGGCAUUGGAGACAUAGCUGAGGAGCUAAACAUCUCCUAUGGAUCGGUGCAACACAUUUUGGUUGAUUUACUGAACAUGACACGCGUGGCCGCACGGCUUGUUCCAGAAGAGCUGACUUUUGAACAAAAAGAGCGUCGAGUGGCAGUGGCAAAAGAGAUGCUUGGCAAUGUGUCCGAAGACCCAAACUUCAUAAAACGGAUCAUAACUGGUGAUGAGACAUGGAUUUACGAGUAUGACGUCGAAACCAGCCAACAAUCAUCGGUCGAAAGUGAAAGUGUUGCUGACGAAGGUCAAACCGUCAAAAAAGAGUAUUAUCUGGCUGGUUUGAAGCGUUUGCGCGAAAAAAUUCGCUUGAAAAGACGAGAAUUGUGGACCGAAAACUCAUGGAUUUUGCAUCACGAUAACGCGCCAUCCCAUACGGCUCUCGUUGUUUGUGAAUUCUUGGCAAAAAAUCAAACCAAAGUCAUUGCUCAAGCACCGUAUUCGCCAGAUAUGGCUCCGUGUGACUUUUUUCUUUUCUCCAGACUCAAAUUGCCACUGAGGGGUAAGCAUUUGGACACAAUUGAAAACAUCAAACAAAAAUCGAAAAAGGCCCUUAGCGAGAUUUCAGCGCCGGCCUAUGCCAAGUGCAUGGAUGAAUGGAUCAAACGUUGGGAAGCAUGUGUUAAUUCUAAUGGUAGUUAUUUUGAAGGUGACAAUAAAGAUUUGCAUUAA